AUGGAGGGAGCGUUUACUCACCUUGGAAAUCAUCUGAUUUCCGACUCGGCUGCGGCCAUCAAAGCUGACGCCGACGACCUGUCGACCCUUGAGCACGAUGAGAGUCUUCUAUAUGGCGGGAAACUUGGCCGAGGCGGGCGCCGACGCGCCGAUGACGACGACAAUCAGACCGAGCUCUACGACGACGACGACAAUGACAGCUUGACGAGUGCGCCCGUUGGAGCCGUGCGUGAUCUGAAACUAGGAGCGCCUCAAGAGGAAGAGAAAGAACUCCCUCCCCAUGCUUGCGCCUACUGUGGGAUUCACUCUCCUGCUUCCGUUGUCAAAUGUCUGGGCUGCAGUAAGUGGUUCUGCAGCGCGCGCGGUAACACGACGUCCUCCCACAUCGUCAACCACCUCGUCCGUGCUCGUCAUAAAGAAGUUCAACUGCACCCCGACUCUACUUUGGGCGACACCAUUCUCGAGUGCUACAACUGCGGCAACAAAAAUGUCUUUCUCCUUGGCUUCAUCCCGGCCAAAGCAGACACCGUGGUCGUCCUUCUCUGUCGACAGCCAUGCGCCGCGAGCACUUCGUCCAAGGACAUGAGCUGGGACAUCUCCCGCUGGCAGCCCCUGAUCGAGGAGCGCGCUUUCUUGCCCUGGCUCGUGGCCGCUCCGUCCGACGCUGAGCAGCUGCGCGCCCGUCAUAUGACCCCUCCCAUGAUGGCCAAACUCGAGGAACUUUGGAAGGAGGAUGCCAAUGCCACCGUUGCCGAUCUUGCCAAGGCUGCCAACAUUGAGGAUGAGCCUCACCCGGUACUCCUGAAGUACGACGAUCCCUAUCAAUACCAGAACAUCUUCGGUCCUUUGGUCAAGAUGGAGUCUGAUUACGACAAGAAACUCAAAGAGGCUCAAUCGGAGGAUGGCCUCCAAGUGCGGUGGGACGUGGGUCUCAACAACAAACCCACAGCCAGCUUCGAACUCCACAAGAUAGAAUCUGGAGAUGUCAAGCUGGCGGUGGGUGAUGAGAUGCGCCUGCGCUACAAGGGAGAGCUUCGUCCGGCCUGGGAGGGAGUUGGAUACGUUAUCAAGAUCCCCAACAACCAAUCCGACGAAGUUAGGCUCGAGCUACGUAAAUCUGGUAACGACAAGGUGCCCACUGAGUGCACCCACAACUUCUCGGUAGACUACGUCUGGAAGGCUACCUCAUACGAUCGCAUGCAGCACGCGAUGGCCACUUUUGCUGUGGACGACAAUAGCGUUUCUGGUUACAUUGUCCACAAGCUCCUGGGGCGCGAGGUUGCGGCUGCGCCGAUGAAGACAACAUUGCCUAAGAAGUUUACUGCUCCCGGCCUGCCCGACCUCAACCAGUCGCAGAUCGCCGCCAUCCGGGCCGUCCUGCAAACCCCGCUGAGUCUGAUCCAGGGUCCCCCCGGCACAGGCAAAACUGUUACAUCUGCAACGAUCAUCUACCACCUUGCCAAAAGUACUGGGAGUCAGGUCCUCGUUUGUGCACCCUCGAACGUGGCCGUCGACCAGCUCUGCGAGCGGGUUCAUCGGACGGGUCUCAAAGUUGUCCGCCUCACAGCCAAAUCGCGCGAGGAUGUCGAGUCAGCUGUCGGCUUCCUAGCCCUCCACGAACAAGUGCAUAUGAAUGACAGCAACGGAGAGCUGGUUAAGCUCAUGCAGCUCAAAGCCGAGUACGGCGAACUAUCUAGCCAGGACGAAAAGAAGUUCAAGCAGCUGACCAAAGUGGCCGAGCGCGACAUCUUGCAUAAUGCCGACGUGGUUUGCUGCACCUGCGUGGGUGCUGGCGAUCCGCGUCUGUCCAAGAUGAAGUUCCGGAAUGUCCUGAUAGACGAGUCAACGCAGUCGGCCGAGCCGGAAUGCAUCAUCCCACUCGUGCUGGGUUGUAAGCAGGUUGUUCUGGUCGGCGACCACAAGCAGCUCGGACCGGUCAUCAUGAACAAGAAGGCGGCAAAAGCGGGCCUGAACCAGUCGCUUUUCGAGCGCCUUGUCAACCUGCGGCUGCAGCCGAUUCGGCUGAAUAUCCAGUACCGCAUGCAUCCCUGCCUAUCCGAGUUUCCUUCGAACAUGUUCUACGACGGCUCCCUCCAGAACGGCGUCACCCACGCGAAUCGGCUCCGUCGCGAUGUCGACUUCCCAUGGCCGGUGGCGGAUACUCCCAUGAUGUUCUGGUCGAACUUGGGCAACGAGGAGAUUUCCGCAUCGGGAACGUCGUACCUGAACCGCACCGAAGCGUCGAACGUCGAGAAGGUGGUCACGCGCUUCUUCAAGGCGGGGGUCAAGCCUGUCGAUAUCGGCGUCAUCACUCCGUACGAAGGCCAGCGAAGCUACAUCGUCAGCACGAUGCAGAACACGGGCACGUUCAAGAAGGAAAGCUACAGGGAGGUCGAGGUGGCGUCGGUGGAUGCGUUCCAGGGCCGAGAAAAGGACUUUAUCGUCUUGUCUUGCGUGCGGUCCAACGACAACCAGGGCAUCGGUUUCCUGUCAGACCCGAGGCGUCUCAAUGUAGCUCUGACGCGAGCCAAGUAUGGCCUCGUCAUCAUCGGAAACCCCAAGGUGCUGUCGAAGCAUGAGCUGUGGCACCACCUCCUGGUGCACUACAAGGACCGGAAGUGCUUGGUGGAGGGACCGUUGACCAACCUGCAGACGUCUCUCCUCCAGUUUACCCGGCCCAAAAUGCCAUAUCGCCAGAAGCCCAGCCAGAACCACUUCUCUGGUGGGGGUGGACAUGCCAAUGGUAAUAAUGGUCAUGGUCAUGGUCAUGGUCAUGGUCAUGGUCAUGGUCAUGGUCAUAAUCAGCGUUACAAUGCGCCGGGGUCGGUCCGCGACUUUGACACGGGAUCGAUGCUGUCGUACAUUCCGGAUGAUGUCUCGUCGAUCCACGGGUCGACCCUUGGCGGAGCUGGCCUCAACACGACGUUCCCGGCGAUGUUCUCGAGCUUCGCACCGGAGCAGUGGCCGGGCCUGCCGGGCGUACCGGUCGGUCGAUCUGGCAACCGGAGGGGGGGACGCGGCACGGAAAGCGUCGCCGGCGAGAGUGUGGCGAAUUCGGAAUACACAGACGGGACGUCCAGUGUCAUCGGCUCCAAGGGCGUCGGCCAGGGGGGCGCCAGUCUCGGUGCGGGCCUCCAGGAUGCCAUCCAUGGCAUGCGGCCGGCGUCGUACAGCCGCAGCGAUCGGCUCUCGCAAUACGUCACGGCGACGAGCAGCAGUCACCACCGCAUGGGGCCGGGCAACGGGUUUGGUCACGGUCGCCGAUACGACGACGACGAGAAGAGCGUUAGCACCGCUUUCCACAGCCAGGUCGGCGGCGGUUUCGACUGA